UAUCACGUGUGGCCUUAAACUUGCAGCAAAUUGCAAAGAAAUGGCUCAAAGGCUUCAGCUCUUUCUGUGCCCUGGGAGCUGAGUGAGAUGCACGUCAGUGGCGUUGCCAGCCUGGCCUGUUCUCUGCCGACUGCCAGGGAAAAGAGGCCAGGAGGAAAGAGGAAAGAAAAGAGAUUGCCCAGGGGUGAGGCCAUGCCCUUCAUCUUUUCUUCCUCCUAAUCUGCACUGUCUGUAUCCAUCCAGGCUCUCCCCACCUGGCAAAACCCCUCAGAGCUGCUGGAUCAUCCACCCCAGUCUGCUCUCUCAGUCUGUGGAGUGUGGUCCAGCCGCUUGCUGAGCACAUUGAGAGGAAGUGGCUGUCUUUGAUCUCCACCUCCAGAUCAGAGUCAAGGAACAUUUUCAUAAUGGACACUUCAUCCAAAGAAAAUAUCCAGUUAUUCUGCAAAAAUUCAGUGCAACCUGUUGAGAAGCCUUCCUUCAAAACAGAAUAUUCCUCCUCAGAGAAAAAACAGCCCUGCUGUGGUGAACUAAAGGUGUUCUUGGGAGCCUUAUCUUUCGUUUACUUUGCCAAAGCACUGACAGAAGGCUAUCUGAAGAGCACCAUCACUCAAAUAGAGAGAAGGUUUGAAAUCCCUUCCUCCCUGGUGGGAGUUAUUGAUGGAAGUUUUGAAAUUGGGAAUCUCUUAGUUAUAACAUUUGUUAGCUACUUUGGAGCCAGACUUCACAGGCCAAAAAUAAUUGGAGCAGGCUGCCUGAUCAUGGGAGUCGGAACGUUGCUCAUCGCACUGCCUCAGUUCUUCAUGGAACAGUACAGAUAUGAAAGGUAUUCUUUCUCCAAUUCCACUCUUAGCACCUCUCCAUGUCUCCUGGAAUCAAACAGUCAAUUAACAACCUCAGUUAUGGAAAAAUCACAAUCCAAAAUAAAUAAUGAAUGUGAAAUCGACACCAGCUCCUCCAUGUGGGUUUAUGUUUUCCUGGGGAACCUUCUUCGUGGAAUUGGAGAAACUCCUAUUCAGCCCUUAGGCAUCACCUACCUUGAUGAUUUUGCCAGUGAAGACAAUGCAGCUUUCUAUAUUGGUUGUGUGCAGACGGUUGCAAUUAUAGGGCCGAUCUUUGGCUUCCUGUUAGGCUCAUUAUGUGCCAAACUGUAUGUUGACAUUGGCUUUGUAAACCUAGAUCACAUCACCAUUACCCCAAAGGAUCCCCAAUGGGUAGGUGCCUGGUGGCUUGGUUACCUAGUCGCAGGAGUCAUAAGUCUUCUUGCAGCUGUGCCUUUCUGGUGUUUACCAAAGAGUCUCCUGAGACCCCAAAGUAAAGAGGAUCCCAGUUCCUCCUCUGAAAAAUCCACAUUUAUUAUGGGGGAUCACACAGAGUACCAAACACCCCAUAGAGAAAAAGCAAAAAUAAUGGAAAUGGCAAGAGAUUUUCUUCCAUCGCUGAAGACUCUUUUAGGAAAUCCAGUGUACUUCUUAUAUUUGUGUGCAAGCACCGUUCAGUUCAAUUCUUUAUUUGGCAUGGUGACAUAUAAACCAAAGUACAUUGAGCAACAGUAUGGGCAGUCAACUUCCAAGGCCAACUUUGUUAUCGGGCUCAUCAACAUACCUGCAGUAGCCCUUGGAAUAUUCUCUGGAGGGAUAGUAAUGAAAAAAUUCAGAAUCGGUAUAUAUGGAGCUGCAAAAAUCUACCUGGGAUCAUCAGUCCUUGGGUACCUCCUAUUCCUUUCCCUGUUUGCACUGGGCUGUGAAAACUCUGAUGUGGCAGGAUUAACUGUCUCCUACCAAGGAACCAAACCUGUCUCUUAUCAUGAACGAGCUCUCUUUUCAGAUUGCAACUCAAGAUGCAAAUGUUCAGAGACAAAGUGGGAACCCAUGUGUGGUGAAAAUGGAAUCACAUAUGCAUCAGCUUGUCUUGCUGGCUGUCAAACCUCCACCAGGAGUGGAAAAACUAUUAUAUUUCAUAACUGCACCUGUGUGGGAAUUGAAGCCUCUAAAUCAGGAAAUUCCUCAGGCAUGGUGGGCAGAUGCCAAAAAGAUAACGAAUGUCCCAAAAUGUUUCUGUAUUUCCUUGUAAUAUCAGUCAUCACGUCCUAUACUUUAUCUCUAGGUGGCAUACCUGGAUACAUAUUGCUUCUGAGGUGUAUUAAGCCACAACUUAAAUCUUUUGCCUUGGGUAUCUACACCUUAGCAAUAAGAGUUCUUGCAGGCAUCCCAGCUCCCGUAUAUUUUGGAGUUUUGAUUGACACUUCGUGCCUCAAAUGGGGAUUUAAAAGAUGUGGAAGCAGAGGAUCCUGCAGAUUGUAUGAUUCACAUGCAUUUAGGCACAUAUAUCUGGGACUAACUAUGCUGCUGGGAAUAAUGUCCAUUUUCUUAAGUAUUGCAGUACUGUUCACUUUGAAGAAAAACUAUGUUUCAAAACACAGAAGCUUCAGAACCAAGAGAGAAAGAACAAUGGUGUCUACAAGAAUUGGGAAGGAAAAUUGUACUACAAGUGAUCACUUACUGCAACCCAACUGCUGGCCAGGCCAGGAAACACAGCUUUAGAAAAAUGAUGCUUCAAGCCACCUUUUCUAUUUUCUGAAGAUUCUGCAAGCAAAGUUUAAUCAAUGUGAACAGUCUUUAUCCUUUCUAAACAUUUCUACUUUGUUUUUUUAUCCUAGGUAUUAGGUAAUGCAUCUGAUAAUGAAUAUAAUUAAUCAUAUUAUAGAAAAUAUAGAUGAUGAAGUGAAACUUUUUAAUGUAUAUACGAAUCGUUUAUAUUCAUUAGUCAUUCUGCUUAAUUUUACCUUAUGCCCAUUGACAUAUUAGCUCUAUUCCUAGUAGAACAAUUGUCCCCAUAAUGUAAUAGCUAUGUUCAAAGUAAAUUUUAUACUGAGAUACUUGUCUAGGAUACGAGAAUACUGUUAAAAUUUGAACCAUAUCUUGGCAUCCUUCAACUAUCACCUUAAUGAUGAUGAUGUUGGAUGGAGUCAAAACAUGUAGAAGAAAAUUUCAUUUUAAGCUUCUCCUUUCUUUUGAAAUGCAAUAAUUGAUAUAGAAGUGUAUAGAGGUGCCCUAGCUGGUUUGACUCUGUGGAUAGAGCAUCAGCCUAUGGACUGAAAGGUUCUGGGUUCGAUUCC